AUGUAUGCUGGGUAUCUGGCUUUCCUGAUGCGCGACAUUCCCUUCGACGUCAUCGAGUUUGGUUCAUAUGCCAAGUUCAGGGAGCUGUAUUCUGCAGCAUCCAAGGGUGAGGGCAACCUCAAUCCCUUCGAAGACUCCAUGCUGGGAGCAAUAGCUGGAGGACUGGCAGGAGCAGCAACUACUCCCCUUGAUGUCCUGAUGACUCGGCUGAUGCUACAGGCACAGUCUUCCCAAACACCCAGGAUAAGAGCUGUCCUCACAGAACUCCUCCAUCGGGAGGGACCUGCAGGACUAUUCAAAGGCAUCGGUCCCCGUAUUGCUUGGCUGGCAGCCGGGGGCCUCUGCUUCUUCGCUGCCCUAGAGCAGGCGAAGCAUGCCCUUGGCCUCGAUGAGCAGAGAUGA